AUGCAAAAUUUCAAGAAAGAUAAUGAUAAACAUCUUGACAUACUGAUUAAUAAUGCCGGUGUAAUGGAUUGUCCCAAAUCGCUGACGAAGGAUGGAUUUGAGAUGCAGAUUGGGGUCAACCACUUUUGGAGGCACUUUCUGCUUACCAAUCUGCUUAUCGAUAUCCUGAGGAGCUCUACCCCCAGUCGAAUCAUCAUCCUAUCCAGCCUGGUCCAUGGAUUCGGCUCAAUCAAUGUGGUUGAUCUGAACAGCCAGAAUUCCUAUGGCCGGAGCAGAGCCUAUUGCCAGAGCAAACUGGCAAAUAUUCUAUUCCCGCGGGAGUUGGCCAAGCGCUUGAAUGGCAGUGGAGUGACGGUGAAUGCCUUGCAUCCCCGUAUUAUCAACACAGAGCUCUUUCGGAACUGGAGACUUUUUCAAACGGAACUUGGAAAGUAUUUGACCAAACCACUAAUUUGGCCCUUUAUUAAGUCUCCGAAAAGUGGAGCGCAGACAUCGCUGUAUGCAUCUCUUGAUCCUAGCUUAAAUCACAUCACAGGCCAGUACUUUAGCGACUGCAGGCCCAAGGACGAAAAAGCUUCAAAAUGUGCCUGGGCAGAGAGCGAAGUGGACCGGGCUUAGCCCAAAAGAAAUUACGCGCACAACGUAACGUAGCUAUGAUACGAUACGUUACGUAGCACAACACCGUUACACAGGCAAAACAGAAAGCACAAUCACGAUGCAAUUAUUUAAGUAAAAGUAGUAAGUAAUAGUAGUAAGUGCCGCUGAAACGACAAUAGAGUGUGCAGAUUAAUGGCCCCUUAAUGGGGGUCCUUGACCAUUGCAUGAAAAAGAGUUGAAGUUUUCUUUAUUAUUUUGAAAU